UCGUAGUAAGGCAGAAAGCUCCUUUUGUUUUGUUCAUUCAUUUUGUUGUUCUGUCAGCCACUUCUGGUCACCCACUACUGACAUGCGCCUGUGAGCCUGCUGAUGCCCACGGCUGGGGAUUGUGGCCACCUGAAACUGCAAUUUGAGGCCGAGCUGAGCGGAUGCGUUAUCAGUUGAGCUGAUUUUGGGGCAUCUUGUUGAGGUUGGGCAGUGAUAUGAAAUUUUGACUGUUCAGAGAGGAAUUUGGAAAGAGUUUUGUGAGGAUGAAGUCUUAAGUGCCCUCGAUGUUCAGUAUGAAGUCGACCAAGAGCUUGAAGCUGGGUUUAGUAGGAAUCGUAGCAACUCUUGUAACUCUGCUGCUUGUGGUUGCUUUCCUUCCACCAUUGUUGCGCAGCUUGGUAGAGUACGAUGUCUGCGACUCCGUGACGACUUCGGCACAAACUCGGGCUUGGAUGAUCCAGGAGCGAGAGACAGAGCUUAGGGCACUGAUGAAAGGCAUCGCCACUCCAACUCCCCAUGGACCCGAGUUUCAGAACUUCUCCAUCUUUAUAGGCGUGUUUAGUACAGCUUCAAAGGUUGAGAGACGGAACAUUAUCAGGCUUGCCUACGGGAUCCAGCACACCAAUAUCGCGAACGUGUCUAUUAGAUUCGUCAUAGGGACACCGAAGGGUGAAGAGGAGCGAUUGCAGCUGGGUUUGGAGUCCCUCCACUACGGGGACCUGCUGAUCUUGGACAUGGAGGAGAACAUGAACAAGGGCAAGACGUGGAAAUACUUCUCCACGGUGGCGAUCAUGGGCGUCCACUUCGACUACGUGAUGAAAGUGGACGACGACUCAUACGUGCGCAUCCACAACCUCGCGGCGUCUCUCGCGGAGCAACCCAGAGUCGAUCUCUACUAUGGAUACGUUCUCCCCUGCGAGAAUCAGAACGCGUACAUGAAUUACAUCGCAGGAAUGGGGUACAUUCUCAGUUGGGACCUAGUGCAAUGGAUUCAUGAGUCACCCAUUGUGCGCAAGCGGAUCGGCGGGUACUCCGAGGAUCGCAUGACGGGAGAUUGGCUGGAUGCCGGCAACAAAGCAUUGAAUCGCGUGAAUAUGAAGCCCAUGUUCUACGAUCACCCUGCGUACAAGGGGCGCGAUCGAUGCUCGCACGAGCUCAAUCCCGAGACAAUCCUGAUUCACCAGCUCAAAUCCACUGCGCUCUGGCUCCAUGUGCUACGUUACUUUGAGGGUGCUCACGUCACGGCCCUCUCGACGCCGCUGCGUCCGUAGCCAUUGCCGCGAGCGAGCCUGCACUUCACUUCACUUCACUCACUCACUCUUCACCCAGCGCAACGUUACUAGCACAAGCUUCUUCUUCUUCUGAUUUUUAUUAUUUCUUUUUUCUUUUUUAUUAUUCAUUUCACUUUGUAACUGGGUUUGUUUCCGACCUUUUCUUUCCAAUCUUGUUUUGGUGAAAUUGGUGAACAAGAUUCAUCAUACCGAACAAAGUCAUCGUUGCAAGGAUUUAGUGCUUUUUGUGGGGUUUGAAAGUCAUUGAUGGAUGGGUGGAUUUGAAUUCUCCACAAGUUUUCAACCAUUCGGACUUUCUUUCAUUACAAAGCUCAUCUACGAUGAUAAGAAAGGAUUCUCUGGUGUAGAUUCCCAACUUGUGCAAACAAAUUUGAGUGUAGAAUAGAAAUAUCGAACGUACGAGCAACAAAAGAAUUUAGCCGAAAAGCUUUAAGAGAAUAACCAAAAAACAACAACAAUAAAAAAUAAAAAUAAAAAAACAGAAUGUUAUUUGACAAGUAAUUUUGUAUCGCAGUUCUUAGAUUAAGAUGUGGUAAUAGAUUUUGACCUCUAGCACAAUUGGCUUGUAAUUGAUGAUUAUUUUGUACAGAUUUGGAAAUCCUAAUAUAUAUAUAUAUAUAUAUA